GAAAAAAAUGGCGGACCCACAAAAGCGCUAGAAACAAAUACACACGUUACAAAGCAAGGUAAACAUCCUCGGAUACACCGAGCGGCAUCUCCGUUAAGGCUCGACUUCAGCGCUGAGCCGAAAUGACCGCUAACUAACCUCACAGUGCUGCCCGAAAAACAGGGAGCCGGUCGCUUUAAUUUGGGAGCCGUCCCCCCUUUGGCGGCGGAAAAAGGCGCACUUCUAUUGAAAAGGAGCUCAUCCGAUAAGGAGAAACGCAGCAAAACGGUUAUGAAGUUAUAAGUGGAGGCCACUUUUGUUUUGUUAGUUGGUCAGUAUUGUUGGAGCAUGAGGAAACCUGUACCACAAAAAGCGAUAGAGUGGAAAGAUGCCCGAAGGAUUAAGCAUGCUAGGAGUGGACGGCCUUCCCGCGUGCCCUCACAGUACCAAGGGCACUUCAGUUGGGAGAAAUACCUGAAAGAGACAGACACUAUUGCUGCCCCUGCCUCAUGUUUCAGACAGAGCCUAACAACUCCCGUAAACGAGUUCAAGGCAGGCAUGAAACUGGAGGCUCAGGACCCGCGAAACACCACGUCUACCUGCAUCGCCACAGUGGUGGGCUUGACGGGUUCGCGGCUGCGGCUGCGCCUGGAUGGGUCUGACAACAAAAACGACUUCUGGCGUCUGGUGGAUUCCUCAGAGAUCCAGCCUAUCGGCAGCUGUGAAAAAAACGGAGGCAUGCUGCAGCCACCACUUGGUUUUCGACUCAAUGCGUCCUCCUGGCCCAUGUUCCUUCUGAAAACACUAAAUGGAGCAGAGAUGGCUCCCUCUCGCAUCUUUCACAAGCAGGAGCCUCCCGCCCCAGAGCAGAACUCCUUCCAAGUGGGGAUGAAGCUGGAGGCUGUAGACCGGAAAAAUCCCCACUUUAUCUGCCCAGCGACAGUAGGUGCAUUGCGUGGUGUUGAGGUGCUGGUCACCUUUGAUGGCUGGCGAGGAGCCUUUGAUUACUACUGCCGCUAUGACUCAAGGGACAUCUUCCCUGUUGGCUGGUGCGCCCUCACUGGAGACAAUCUUCAGCCACCUGGCACGAAAGUGGUGCUGCCCAAAAGCCUUGGAGCAUUGACAGACGGAAGUGUGGAGAGCCCAGUCAUGCAUCCCAGCCCCACGGUGGGCAGGCCUCCAGGCCAGAGAGGACGCAAGCCAGGCCGCAGGAAAACCAAAGUGACAGGGCACUGGAAUCAGAAGGGCUCUACACUGGGACCACAGAGCAUCCAGCCAGAAAAAAUCCAGGAACCCGUCAAAAUUCCCAAGAAGAGAGGACCAAAACCAGGCAGUAAGCUGGGGUGGGCAAAGAGAGCUAGCUGGCUAGAGGAUUCCAUGGCUGGGCCAGGGCGGCCCGUGACAGGCCCAGGGCGAACCAGGGGCAGACUGCCCGCCAACUGGGCGCAGAGGAUAACUUUGCAGCAGGGUCAGACUCAGGCAGAACCUAUCAAGAUCCCAAAGAAAAGAGGGCCGAAACCUGGCAGCAAGAGAAAACCACGAGUGGUACCUAAUCCAGUCCCCACGUCUCCCACCAGCAGUACCCCAGAGCCUGACACCAGCACUGUGCCCCUGGACAAUGCUACCAUCCCUAAUUCUGCACUACAGGCUCCCACAGUUUGUGUGUACCUAAACAAGUACGGCAAGAUGGGACCCCAUUUAGACCAGCGGCGUAUCCAACAGCUGCCAGACCACUUUGGGCCAGGCCGAGCCUCGUCGGUGCUUCAGCAGUGUGUCCAAGCUUGUGUGGACUCUGCUCACAACCAGGGCACAGUCUUCUCCUGCCUGAAAUCUGGACAAGGAGGAGAAGUCAUUUCAGCCUUUUUUGACCAGCAGCAGCACACCUUGACCCUGCCAACUGUCAGCAGUGUCACCUAUGUCCUCCGCUUCCUGGAAAAACUUUGCCACAACCUGCACUGCGAUCCUUUGUUUGGCAGCCAGCCUGUAGCCAGAGGCGGUCUUCACUACGACAGUCACACGUACACUACAGAGAGGAGAAGUUUUGGAGACAGUCUGAAAGCGGUCCCAGUACGAAGCACAAAGCGGUUCCUUCAGGACUUCACCAAUCCUCUGUCUCCGAAACUGCCAAAAAUCCCACGGCACUCCACUGAUGGUGAGUCCUUCAUGGAGAACAGUGUUGCCACAUCAGAGCACUUAAAGAAGAGCCCCCUUUCCCAAAACUCUACAGGACUGACUUCUGGCCUGAGGUCCUCCUCCAAACUGCUGCAUCAUAACAACUCUACAGGUCCGGGUAGUUUCCGUGAGAGCCCCAGGCCCAGCGGUCAGGAUCCCAACCUGUGGACAGUAGAUGAAGUCAUGCAGUAUAUCAGGGAUAUCGACCCAGUUCUGGCCCCACAUGCUGACCUUUUUAGAAAACAUGAAAUUGAUGGGAAAGCCCUUCUGUUGCUGCGUAGCGACAUGAUGAUGAAAUACAUGGGUUUGAAGCUCGGCCCUGCCCUCAAACUCACCUUCCACAUUGACAAGCUUAAACGGGCUUGACGACAUCAGUCAAGCCUUCUGAAGGACUUAACUGUAUCGCCACCUCCAUGUUCUAGGUUCAGUAUAUCAUGCACUUCAUAAUGGACAUAUGCUGACAAUUUACAUGUAGCAACUUCCACCGUACUCCAUCCAGUAUACACGCCCUUGUUCUGACCUCAUUCAGUCAGGGAUGUUUAUUUUGUGUAGCACAAUCCAGGCCUAAGGCAGCAUGGGUUAGGGGUCGGAUCGGCCACUCGUCUGUCAUCACUUUUGCAUUUCAGUCUAACUUGAAGAAUCAUAUGUGGCCAUUUUAACUGUAAAAGGCCUUUUGGCCUGCUUUUAUUAUGUUACAUUUUAUCUGUACAUUUCAUAUUUUGUACUUCAUGAAUACAAGUAUAUGGACUUUUUCAGUGUUUUGUGUUGGAAUACGCUAAAAAAAAGAAAACCCUAAAGGAAGAAAAGAAAUGCUACAUCCCAAUAGUUGGGAUUUCUUCUGAUCAGUCUCUGUUUGAGGCAUAAUUUUGCAACUACAACAGUAAUAAUUAUGAUUAGAAAAACGUGUUUUAUAAAACUUUAUUCUGAGAAAAACUACCAUCAAGAUGGGGUUUUUCUCUUAUUCUGGAUGUUGUUUACAAUGCCUUGUCUUGUCUUUGUUAUUUGUACUUUUUUAAUUUUUUAUACUAUAUUAUUAGAGUUCCUACAUGGAGAGCCCUAUCAUGCUUAACAUUGUUCAAUAAAUAUAUAAUAA